GUGGUAGGUUUUUAACUUCUUAAGUUUAGAACAAAUAAACUGCGCAAUGUGAUGUAAAGAAUGAAUAAUUGGAACGUAAAGGUGACUACAGGGUUGUUAUUUCAUGUCUAAUCAUGUUAAAAAAUAUUUAUUUAGGAAGUCAUAUACAGGUUUUGUAUGCUGUAACUACAAAAACAUUCCAUUCAUUAACAUUGGCUGCUAUAUCGAAGACCUCUGGAGCCCACCAACUGCUAUAAACGAGGUCAGUGAUGUCGCUUUGGAGGGAUACACCCUAUUUAUGACCUACUCUUUUUGUUUGUUUGUUGUUUAGGUUUUCUUGCAGGUGUACGUUGUGUUAGCCUUAGUCAGAGCCUACUUAAUAUGCUGUGUUAACUGCCUUAUGAGUUGCCAUGAAGUACAAUCUAGCAAUAUUAUUAUUAUGAUGAUGAUGUUUUCAUUUUUCUUUGUUUUUGUUUUCCCCACUAACGGGCGAAGAACCGUAUUUGGUAACUUCAUUCAACCGGAUUCUCCACAUGAAAAUACAAAAUAAAAUCAAACUGCUACAAAAGCAAAAUGGUCACGUCUGUGCGGCAACAACAGUCUGGGGUUGAAACGCCAGAAGCAAACUCAACUCUCCUUCUCCCGCGCCCGCAGUCAGGACUCGUGUCACGUUCACAGACACCCGGAAAUCACAACACACUUUAACACGACACAUAACUGCCAGGCCGCUGAUUCUCUGAAAACGGCAGUAAUAACCAAGUAGUGUGGUGGUCUCAUUACCGCCACGGAAAGUGUUCUAUUCUUGUUUUCCAUGUCAUGUAAUUUCAUCAAUCUGCCAAUGGUGUAGUUUCAUCCAAGCCGCGUAUUUCACAACGUUCGCUAUGCUUAGAUGUGAUGGCUUUGGCAGUCCAAGCCCCAUUAGCCAAGACAAAAGGGUAAAUGAGCCCUAUCGUCGCCUCGGUAUGCAGGAGUGCUAACGCACAUACGUACAUCCCUGCAGGGCGGCUUUCUAGAAGUGUGUUUACUUACAACCUGUGUCCACUCAGAACCAGCAGAACAGGUCCGUCAGAGACGUCAGCAUCUUCCCACUGACCAUUGUUAGCAAAACACUUCAGAUGGAAAAUCCAGAAAUGGCGUCCACAGUGCAAAAACAGAGGUUGUACGAGCUCUAGCAGACAUUUACAAGGAGGUCUCUCACUCAAAGCGCACAACACCUUUCAGACCAAGCAGCUUAAUUAGCAUCAUGCUAAGUCUCCAAUAGUGGACCAUUAUGUGUGAUGGUAGGUACACACCACCCAUCAGUGGUUGGGUGGGUGGGGCUUUGCCACCCAAAGAAGGGGGUGACAUUUCCCUCACAUAAAUACAACCUGCGCAUCCGUCCGCUGUACGACCCCCUCCUCACACACGUUUCCAGCACGGCAUUCCUCUGCUAUGGUAUGGAAGGGUGCUGAUCAAAUGGAAAGCCUUCCAACCCAGUGGGAAAGUUCUCUCUGAUCUUCAGGUUUCCAAAAUAGAUGCCAAGAAGGCGAGACAGAGGACGCAAGGGAAGAUGCGGCACACAGAAGCACACAGCCUUUUCGGACUAUAAUCCAUCCCUGCCCGAAGAUGGCCGACUACAACAUGACGUUGCCAUCCGAGGAGGCUGAAAUGCCCACAAGGGGCUACAGCGCCAACUUGACCAACAUGAGUGAGCCACUGCCCUUCGGUGUGGUCACGGCGGUGGUCUACACCAUCGUCUUUAUCGUGGGUCUCCUGGGCAACACGCUGGCCAUCUUUGUGGUGAUCCGCUAUUCCAAGAUGAAGACAGUGACCAACAUGUACAUCCUCAACUUAGCCUUGGCGGACGAACUGUACAUCCUAGGGAUCCCCUUCCUGGGCACCAGCAGCGUGCUCUCCUACUGGCCGUAUGGAGACUUCUUCUGCAAGGUGUGCAUGACCGCCGACGCCAUGAGCCAGUUCACGUCUACCUUUUGCCUGACGGUGAUGAGCAUCGAUCGCUACCUGGCGGUGGUACAUCCCAUCCGCAGUGCCAAGUGGCGGAGGCCGCAGGUGGCCAGGAUUUUCAGCGGCAUGCUGUGGGUUGUGUCCUUUCUGGUUGUGCUGCCAGUCACCAUCUACUCGCACGUGCAGGAGGGACUCAAUACCUGCAACAUCACGUGGCCCGAAAUGCAGAACUGGUGGUCUGUUGUGUUUAUCCUCUACACAUCCAUCCUUGGCUUCUUUGGACCGUUGCUGGUCAUUAGCAUCUGCUACCUGCUCAUCGUCAUCAAGGUGAGGUCGGCAGGCGUGCGCGCAGGCGUGACCAAGCGCCGUAAAUCGGAGCGGAAGGUGACGCGCAUGGUGGUGAUCAUUGUGCUGGUCUUCGUCCUUUGCUGGAUGCCGUUCUUCACCACCAACAUUGUCAACCUGGUCUACAUCAUCCCCGAGAACAACGCCACGGCCGCCGUCUACUUCUUCUUAGUCAUCCUCACCUACGUCAACUCCUGCGCCAACCCCAUCCUCUACGGCUUCCUGUCGGACAAAUUCAACCAGAGCUUCCAGACUGUGCUUUGUUUCCACAAAACCAAAUGUGUGGCCAACCAGGGGGACGCUGGACAGGGGGCACCGUCGGACCGCCGCCGCCCUAUUUUACCAUCCAAUGGAAAUAUCCAGAACAUGCAGGGUGUCCAGAUGGAGGCUGUUGGGAACCGUGACGAUGCAAAGACAGUCCUGAACGGCCAAUCAGUGCAGUGACAAGAUGAUACGUGGAACUGCCACAAUUUACACCCCCCCCCCCGGAGCUCUGACUGGUUGACCUUUUCACCGUAACAUUCACCACACAAUUCAGUUUCAAGUUGUAAUAUUUUUGGAUUAGUCACAUCAGGGGUGUCCAAAGUGUGGCCCGCGGGCUGGCGGCACAUUCUGAACAAAACUGAGCAAAACAAAAGACUUGAAAUGUAAUGCUAUUAUAUAAACUUGUCAUUUUUGGAAAAUGAACUUGGGGAAAAAAGUUAUAGUAUUAUGGGCAUAAAGUCAAAAUAUUAUGACAGAAAAUGUACAAAGAUUAUAGGAGAAGAAAGUUUGGAAAAUGUAAAAAAAAAUCAACAAAAAGGGGGGAAAAAAAGCAAAGAGUGAAGCUGAUACUAACAA